GCACUCUCCCACUCCCAAACAUUACCACUAUAUCCUUCUUCUCCCACUCUCUCUUCUCUCUCAACACAAAUCCAAUUUCUCCAAAUCCCCAAAAAUGGCGUCCACCGCAAUCGCAGCCUCCUUCCUCCCCCUCACCGCCAAGCAUCCCUCCGCCGCUACCCGGAGAGCCCUAAUCGUGGCCAAGGCCUCCGCCGCCGCGAACGACGCGUCCAAGCCCAACUUGGAGAUGAAUAGGAGUGUGCAGGUGGAGAGCUGGCAGGGGCGGCGGGAGUUGGUGGCGGCCGCCGUGACGGUGGCUGCGGCCACCUUGGCCAAGGCAGCGAUGGCGGACGAGCCGAAGCGCGGCAGCGCAGAAGCGAAACAGAAGUAUGCUCCGGUGUGCGUCACAAUGCCCACUGCGCGCAUCUGUCGCAACUGAUCGAGAGAGAUGUUUUUCUGCUGUGUCUUCUACUUCUUCUUCUCCAUUAAAACCAUUUCGUUUGGUUUCAGUGUUUGAUUGUAAAAUCUGUAAAAGAAAGCAAUGAAUUGCCAUGAACCUCUUGAUGUCUUUCUCUA